CUUCAUCUUCAACCUUGUCUUUUCCUUUCGCGUCUAAAGUCUUGCCGUCUCUGCUGAAUUCAUGUCGAAAGUCGUACUUUGACAUUAGAAUGAUACGAUAUGGCUAUCUGCCGUAAGGAUCUAAUUUUCUCAUAUGCGUCGACAGACUUGGAAUUCAAUUGAGCCUGGCCCUCUCUGGCGACCCGUCCUGUUGUAUAUUGUACUUUAAAACCCUGGAUUCUAUGUCAGCCUACGUCAGUCUGUCAAAUACCCGACCCGGAAUCAGAGUAAAAAGGCGGACCCGCGUUCAUGGCGACCCUACAAAUGAUUUUGUCGGCCAUCCCUCUGGGGUACAUUAGCUUUGUAUCGUUUUGCAUGGAUUUCAUCUGGAUCUCUGCAAUAACUCUGUGUGUAUACCUUGUCGCUCUGUCUCUUGGACGUGCCCUUCGACGCAAGCAUCUACAGAAAGAAACUUGCGUGCUUGAUUUAGAAAGACUUGGAUUCAGACUUGCCAGCAAGAAAAUCAAGGGGACAGCUGUCAUUUGUGGUGGAAGUGUGGGGGGCCUCCUCGCAGCUCGUGUAUGCCAUGAUCAUUUUGAAGACGUCGUCAUCGUUGAGCCAGAGUCGUGGCUGAAUUCCGAGGAUGCACGGCGUACAGAUUCAUGGAAUCAAGAAAAUCGACGUUCCCGUGUCAUGCAGAAUGACUCGUUCCAAGUAAUAAUGGUAAUGGGCUACUUGAUUUUGUCCAAGUUAUUCCCCAACUUCGAAGAGGAAUGUAAAGUCUCUGGUAUCAAAAUAGGACCCCACGAGACACGUACGUAUGUGUCAGGGAACGCACCUAAGAGACCCCACGCAGAGUAUGGGGGUUCCCUUCCCUCGACGAUUUACGCUAGUCGCAUUGGACUGGAAACCUGCCUUCGACGCCUAGUUCUUGGUGGAAGAUAUAAGAACAUUCGUCAAAUUAUUGGCACUGUCACUGGUGUGUCUCGGAGCACAUCUAAUUCGAACCUCCUCGACGCAGUUACCGUGCGCACUCCUGAAGGACCUAGUAGUAUCGAGACCGCUCUUGUUAUAGACUGCACAGGACCUGCAUCUGCGGGACUUAAAUGGCUUCGAAGGGAAGGUUUCGGUUUCAUGGACUCAUACAACCAGGACCAACUACCAUUAGAUGACCUGAAAGUAGCUUAUGACCAGAAGCUUCAGUACACAACACUCCAAUUCCAUAUUACGCCAGAGGUUGCGACAAGACUUCCUGGCCUCCCAGCUCCCUUCGAUGAGUGUGGCAUAAUUUAUUGCCUAGCAACGGAUCCCGAAAAAGAGAGUCGAUGCAUGUAUACAAAUCGCGUUGAUAGAAAUAUCAUUCAAAUUUGUUUCAGUACGAUGGGAGAAUGCGAACUUCCAACUAAUCUCGAUACUGCAAAAGCAUGUGCUCGAAGCCUUGUCACCGAGAAACCGAUUCCUCAGUCAUUCUUUGCACUUCUCGAUGCUCUAGACGAAGUCCGGGACAACAUGACGUGUAGCAAAGUCCGUUUCAUCGGAUCAACCCACAUUCGGUAUGAGAAGGGUGUCAACUUGCCAUCGAACUGGGUUGCCCUUGGCGACAGUGUCAUGACCGUCAAUCCGGUCUAUGGACAUGGAAUCACAAAAGCCUUCUUCGGCGCUGUUUGUCUCAACGUCUUGCUGCAGAAUUUGACCGAAAUACAUGAGGAGUUUUCUAGUCUUUUCUUCCGCAUGCAGGCCGAUAAGAUCAUACCGCUUUGGAAUGGCACGAAAGUAGGAGAUUACUGGUAUCGCACCACAGUCCCGAUUCCUGGAGAAACUUUAUCUCAGGGCUCCUGGCUUCGGUGGUACAUGAAACAAUUAACCAUUCUGUCCUUUACGGACGAUCAAGCGGGUUCUGCGUUGUGGCACGUCAGAGCUCUUCUUGCACCGUCGAUAGAUGCCUUGCAACCGGGGUUGAUAUUCAAAGUGCUGUGGAAUUUCUUCAAGGACUCAGUUUCAUACAGGCGAUACAAGCUCGAUGAGUAAUGUGUUUAGACAUAUGCUUGACACUCAAAAUCUGUAAUACUACCUCCUACCUAGGACUCUAACACCUGAUUUCAAAUUGGCGCAAAACAGACAUGAAACGAGUCUCUUCAGGGAAGCGACUGCUGGUUGAAGACGAG